GCGAGAAACGUUCAACCAUUUGUACGCCUGGUUAGAGGACGCUCGGCAGCAUUCCAGUCCCCACAUGGUGAUCAUGCUGAUUGGCAAUAAAAGCGACAUGGAGAACCGGCGAGUUGUUCAGAAAGAGGAAGGAGAGGCUUUUGCCCGGGAACAUGGCAUGGUUUUCAUGGAGACAUCAGCAAAGACAUCAGCCAACGUGGAAGAGGCCUUUCUCAACACAGCUAAAGCCAUCUACAGAAAGAUCCAGCAGGGUGAACUGGACAUUUCCAAUGAGGGACAUGGGAUCAGGAUUGGCUCUAAACAACCAGCAGUUAUUCAGGCUGGAUCAUCCCUCCGCCCGGGACCUCAAGGCUCUGGGGACCGAUCAGGCUGUUGCUAAGUUUACUUGAAAACCUAUCUGGCCCAUUGAGGCUGAUAACAAAUGGAGGAUGGUGCUUUUUUUUUCUUAUUCAGACAGUGUUGUGGGAGGUGGGGAAGCAAGGAUUGUCCAGUCCAGUUUUCCUUUCCCCUUUUUAUACGAAUUUGGGGCCAACGUAAAUCUAAUCUUUGGCUGGGGGGCUAUAGCACCCCUUUCCAAAAUCUUCCCAUCAGGGCUGUCUAGCCUUCCUUAUAGA